AUGCAACAUGUUGUUAUUAAAGCUAUUGAUAUGAAUGAAACAAUGAAAAUGAAAGCUCUUUCUAUGUUCUUUGAUGCAUAUCAACUUAAUUCAACUGAUCAAUCGAUAGCAGAAUUUAUGAAAACAUCUUUUGAUUCAUUUUAUGGUCCAACAUGGCAUUGUAUUGUAGGAAAUCAAUUUAGCGCGUUUGUAACUCACAUAGAAGGUAAUUUUAUUUAUUUUAUAUCAAAUUAUAAAGCUGUAAUGUUAUUUAGGAGUGGAAUAAAAAUAUAA